CCUCCCAAAAAGCCAGUCUCGGCGGGAGCGACUGAGCGAGUACGAAUUAUUCAAGAAUUUAUAAAGGGGAAACUCGGAGAAAAACUUGGAAGAAAAAUGGUGUGGGGUCUCUUCCCCGUCGACCCUCUUUCAGGUGAAGAUAAGUACUACAUUUUUAGAUGUGGAAUCUACAAAGUUGGUCGAAAAGCACUGCCCAACUUUUAUAGUUUUAUGUUCAUAAUAGGUGGUGGCAUUACAAAUGCAAUAGGACAAGAGUGCACCCAUGUGCUGGUGGAUCAGAACACGCCUUUGAAAAACGAUCUUGUUGAUGCUGUUGUAGCCAGGAAACCUUUUAUUCUCAAAACUUGGGUUGAGUUUGUUGCAGAAAAGAGCAUCAGCACUGAAAUUCCUAGCUAUAAUUCCAGCUAUAUUCCAACACUGUCGGUGGAAGGAGCAUCUGUUAGAGUUGUUGACCCUAAAGCUCGCGAACACUGCUUAAAAGGAUAUACUUUUUUGUUGGAUUCAGUUCGCUUGAAUAAAUUUGGCGGCAAGUUAAAAUCUUUAUUGGAAGUGGCUGGUGCAAAAAUUGCUUCUUUUGAAGAAUUCUGUUCAGAUAGCCAAGGAUUAGAUUAUGGGGAAGAUAAUCGUGUAGUUUGUAUCAUCCCAGGAGGACCAGCAAGCAACUCUGAUCGCUUCAAUAAACAAAGUUCCUUACCUAGAGUAAAUGAGAUAGACAUUAUAUCUGCUGCUUUAAGUGGACAGCUAGAUCUGUCUAUAUUGAUCUCACCCUGUGUACUUGUUUCAUCUUCAUGCUCUACGGAUGAGACAAUAGUUGCAGAUUCUGACACUGAAGUUGAAACGGCCACAUCAGCUCGUGCAAGUGAGACAUUGUGUAGAGGAGAUGAUAUAAAAUGUGAAAAAGGUGAGAUACCAUUGGAUGAUGCUCCUGCCAGGUCUAGUAACAUGAAAUUUGUGAGAACGGAGACAUCCUUGGAUGGAGUUUCUGCCAGAUUGUCGGAAAAAGGUGACAUCAAAACUGAACAUAGAGAAUCAGCUUUGCAUGACGCUUCGCAACCUACCAGCUUUAGGGAAGGUGGUUGUGGUAUGAUAGUGAAGAAAGAUGAGGUUGAUGAUUCCGGAAGUAGACAUUCAGACAUAAUUUACAGCCAAGAUUUAAUUGUCCGAGAUAUAGAUUUAUCUUCUGGAACAAAUGCUGCAUCAAUCAGCAGUCUUCCAAAUUUCAAACGCUUUAGAAAGAUGCACACACAGUCAGGGAAUAGCUUCAGCAAUCUUGUUCCCUUCGCUAAAUAUCCAUACAAGGACUCUGACUGUGAAAAUGAGGAGAUUAAUAAAUCUGUAAAGGAAGAGAAAAAAAGAAAGCAAAUGGAGGCUAUUGCAGAAGACUUGUUUAAUAAUCAGAAGGCGAGAAAGCGAGGCACAGCUGGCUCACUUCGAGGCAUUCUUAUUUCAUGAAGGCAACCACAAGCCUCUCUUCAUACUGUUUAAUUUACUGUUGGCAUUUUUCAAGAUACGGACUAGACUAAAUUCGUGUGAAUCAUGGUAUGCUUUUGAGUUUAUCAAAUAAUGUAUUAAUUAGUGGCUAGACUGGUUUCUGAUAGGUAAGUGCCAGAAAGUAUAUAGAGUAGUUUCAUCCUGCAGUGACAGACUCUGAUGUCGUGUUAUAUUUGAGUAAUUAAUGGUGGUAAGAAAAUGAGUAGUUAAUUAA